CGUCGUCUUCUCUCAGGUUCUGUACAAAAUGGCCGUCAGGAAGUCAGCGUGCUGUGGUUUCUCUGCCCUUGAGGUCACGCUGGGCGUCCUCUUCAUCCUGAUGACGAUGGCGUGUGUGGCGCUGAUCACAGUGAUGUUCACCUGGAAGAGUGACGCAGCUCCAGAUCCAACAUCUGGACCAACGCUUCCUCCUCAGAACCAAACUUAUCUGAUCGGAGUGGGUCGAGCCGACUGCACUGGACCACCGGCUGAGAUCCCUCUGAUGGGCUACGCAAACCCUCAGCAGAAGGCUGCAGGCAUUCACACACGCCUGUACAGUCGAGCCUUCAUCAUCGAUGAUGGGGGGCGGAGACUUGUGUUCGUCACCGCAGACGUGGGAAUGAUAUCACAGAGACUUCGGCUGGAGGUGCUGCAGGCGUUGCACCUGAAGUUCGGGGACGUGUAUCGUCAGGAGAACGUGGUUCUCAGUGGAACUCACACUCACUGUGGACUGGGCGGAUUCUUCCAGUACACGCUGCUUAUGAUCAGCAGCAGCGGUUACAUCAGAGAGUCCAUCAAACCACUAGUGGACGGUAUCGUCAGGGUGUGUCUGUGAUCCACUGCUCCUGUCUGUCAUCCACUUCUCCUGUCUGUGAUCCACUUCUCCCGUCUGUGCUCGUGUCUGUGAUCC